GCCAUUUUGACGGCGGAAGAGUCGGGUUCUGGGACAGCUGGAGGCGGCGGUGGUGACUGGAAUAACUUUACAAAAGGAAGGGUAUUUUGCGAUUGUUCCCUCCGCUAGAAAUGGCCAAUGUGCUCUGUAACAGAGCCAGACUGGUUUCCUAUCUCCCAGGAUUUUGCUCUUUAGUUAAAAGAGUUGUCAAUCCCAAAGCUUUUUCAACUGCAGGAUCUUCAGGUUCUGAUGAGUCUCAUGUGGCCACUGCACCUCCAGAUAUAUGCUCUCGAACAGUGUGGCCUGAUGAGACUAUGGGACCGUUUGGACCUCAGGAUCAGAGAUUCCAGCUUCCUGGGAACAUAGGUUUUGAUUGUCACCUCAAUGGGACUGCUUCACAGAAGAAAAGCCAGGUUCAUAAAACUUUGCCUGAUGUUCUCGCAGAACCUUUAUCAAGUGAAAGACAUGAGUUUGUGAUGGCACAAUACGUGAAUGAAUUUCAGGGUAGUGAUGCACCUAUUGAACAAGAAAUUAAUAGUGCGGAAACUUACUUUGAAAGUGCCAGGGUGGAGUGUGCAAUCCAAACAUGUCCAGAAUUGCUGCGAAGAGAUUUUGAAUCACUAUUUCCAGAAACGGCUAAUAGCAAACUAAUGAUUCUCACUGUAACACAGAAAACUAAGAAUGAUAUGACUGUUUGGAGUGAAGAGGUAGAAACUGAAAGAGAAAUGCUCUUAGAAAAGUUCAUCAGUGGUGCUAAGGAAAUUUGCUAUGCUCUUCGAGCUGAAGGCUAUUGGGCUGACUUUAUUGACCCAUCAUCUGGUUUGGCAUUUUUUGGACCAUAUACAAACAACACUCUCUUUGAAACAGAUGAACGCUACCGACAUUUAGGAUUCUAUGUCGAUGAUCUUGGCUGCUGUAAAGUGAUUCGUCAUAGUCUCUGGGGUACCCAUGUGAUUGUAGGAAGUAUCUUCACUAAUGCAACACCAGACAGCCAUAUUAUGAAGAAAUUAAGUGGAAACUAGAAGUAAUGUCAGUUUAUUUGCUGUACUAUUUAUAACUUUUGGAUUGAUAUAUAAAUACUGUCAAACACUUCAGUUUUUAAAAUAUACUUAUUUCUAGGUACUUACUUCAACAUUUAUGAAUUUGCAACAUUGGCAAAUGAUUUGAGAUUUUAAAAUUGAAAACGUUCAUUAUUCAUAUUAUCAUUGAUUACAUGUUGAGCACAUCCACGUUGUACAGAACGUGGUAAUUAACGUGUAACCAGGGUAUGAUCUCUUAUUGUUAUUUCUCCCUUUUAUUGAAAAAAACCUCAGUUUUAAUUAUUUUUCUUCAAAAUAAAUCACAGAUUUGAUUAUGAUAACGUGUUUUUUCAUUGCAAUAUUUUUAAAGUAUAGUUCUUAAAGAUUCUUAAGAAACUACAACGUUAAUCUUUUUAAAGUUUUUCUCUAAUAGUGCAAUUGAGAAUUCUUAGAUUCAUUGUAGAUUUUGCUUUUUCUAAUUUUUUUCUUAUCUGUUAAGCCUUCUGGUACUAGUCUUAGUAUUGCUUUGAAAUAAUGUAUGUGUAGGAAAAGAAGAAAGAUAAUACAUCUCUAUAUAUAAAAGCAUAUGGAUCUCAUCCUUUACGUACUAAAAAAAUAAUUUAAUCUCUUAAUUCCUGAGUUGAGAGGGAUAAUUAUAGUUUAUUUUCAGAAAAAAACUAUACCUCAGCUGCCAAAUCAUAUUUCUCCAAUUUUAGCAAUAGAUGGAAACUGAUAUUUUACAGAAGUGCCUCGUUUGUGACAGAGCUUGUUUUUACAGCAUUAUAGACUUUAAAAGAAUCAUCUUUCAUUUGUCAGGCUUUAGCAAUAGAAACAGACAAAUCUCAGGAAAAAAGUAACUUCUACCAAAUUAAUUAAUUGAAAUAGACUUUUUUCUGUAUUUUUAAUGAAACACUUGUUUUAAAGGAUUACAUGGCGAUGACCAACUUUUUAAUAACAACUUGGUUUAAAACUCUGCUUAGUUAACAUGUAACUGCAUAAGUGUUGCUUAUGAUCCAGACAAUAAGAGCUACAAAAUUUUCAUUUAUUAUGAAAAUGAUGUAGUGAUUCCCAUAACAUUUUGAAAAGAAAAUUUGUUGGUGUGUUUGUAUGUUUAUGUACGUGUCAGGCAUGCUUGAUAAAUUUUCAUCUAUGUAACCAGCACCCAGAUCAAAACACAGAACACCUCAAAGACUCAUCCUUCUCCCUUUCAGGCACUUCCAACCUCCCCAAGGGUAACCACUAUCUGGAUUCUCUAUAGCAUAAAUUGAUUUGGUUUAUUUUGAUGCUUUAUGAAUCCAUAUAAUAUGCCCACUUUUGUGUCUGGCUUUUUUCACUUAAUAUUGUUAGUGAUGUUAACCCUUUUGAUUAUACACAAUUGUAGAUCACCCAUUUGAAUAGCUUUUGCUUUCUCAGUGGUUCUGAAUUGGGGUAGUUUUGUCCCCUUGGGAAAUUUGGCAAUUCCUGAAGACGUUUUUGAUUGUCACAACUUGGGCGCAGGGGAAGGAGAGGGUUGUGCUAUAACAUCCACUAUGUAGAGGCCAGGGAUGGUGCUAAACAUCCCACAGUGCAAAGGACAGCUCUUCACCACCAGGAAUUAUUUGGUUAACUAUCUUACACCACCCUCUCAUUAUUACUAAUGUGUAUAUUGUUUAUUCAGUCAUUUCCUACCUUGCACCAUUCUUUUAGCCAUGUUCCCUUGAAAUUUAAACAUUUGCUUUAACAGUUAUGAAGUGCCAUCUACAGGUCGAAAAUGAUACUUGUUCCCUAUAGGCGGUUAUAACUUUGUACUGUAUUGCAUGGGAGUAGGGUACAUGGUGGUGAGACUCCUUUUACCAUCUUGCUUUCUAAUGGAAUUUCUAGAAACAAAUAGCAUGCUAAGCAGUAGCUACCAAUUUUUAAAAAAUAAUAAUUUUUCUGAAGUGUUUUAGCGAGAUUCAGUUUUUGGAAAUAUUACCCAAGGAACUUUUACUCGUGAUAAUAGUAAAAAGUGGUUGACUAAUAUGUACUGCAGUAAGAAAAUACCUCAGGUAUCAGUUGUAUGGUGUUUAUUUCAUCAGGACCCUAUACCAAGAAAAAUUUAUGAAGUUAUCUGUUUUAAACAUAAAUUUGCUACCAUUUAAAAUAAAAGUCACUGAAAUUGAUAUUAGACCUAUCACUGGAAAAAACAAAUGUUUUUGUUGUAAAAUUUAUGUUUUGACAAGAACUUAGGAAUUUUUGUAUAGAAGUUAAAUGCAAAAAGGGAUCUUUCAGAUCAUCUCAUCCACAUCCCUCAUUUCAUAGUAGACAGAAUGGGAAACAUAGGAGCAUACAUAAGGUCACAGAGCUGGUGUUAAGAGUCAGCACUAUAACUUGACUGAUUCCAAUAUUUAUAUAUAUUUUCUGUAUUCACUCUUUGUGGUCAUUAUCAAGAAGUCUAUUAAGUGGUUAAAAAUAUCAGAGUUGCAGGAUUUAGGCUAAACUUUAGGGUUAACUAAUACUCCUGACAUAUUUUGUAGAUAAAGAAACACAAGAAUUCAUUUCAUUGAACUCUGCAUGGUCUGAAUUUCUUUGCAAAUCUACUGAAAUACAUCUAAAAAUUCCAUUAUAGAAUGCUACACUUCAAACACUAGUUCUCUGUCUUCAAGUUUAAAACCUUCAUGUCUGUCUUGAGCUGUGUCAUUUAUAACACCAACUAAAAUUCAUAUAUUUAAACAAAAUUCUGCUUUUAAUUCCACUACUAUUUCUUCUUAUGACUGGUCCUCUUGUUGCUCCAAAGUAGGUUUUAUCCACCUCUGCAUUACUGACGUUUUGAACCAGAUAAUUCCUUGUUGUGAGCACUGUCUUAUACAUUGUAAAAUGUUUAGCAGCAUUCCUUGCCCUCCACCCAGUAGAUACCAAUAGCAACCCCUGGUCAUGACAAAAAUGUCUCCAGACCUUGCCACAUUUCCUCUAGGGGAGGGACAGUGUACAGAUGGUUCCACCUUCAAAUGGUUCAAUUUAAGAUUUUUCAACUUUACAAUGUUGUAAAAAUGAUACGCGUUCAGCAGAGACCGUAUUUAAGUACUGUAUGCAAUAAAUUGCAUAAGGUAUUCAGCACUUUGUUAUAAAAUGGGUUUUUUUAUAUGAUUUUGCCCAACUGUAGGCUAAUGUAAGUGUUCUGAGCAUGUGUAAGGUAGGCUUAACUUAAAUGCAUUUUUGACUUCUCAUGUUUCAACUUAUGCUGGGUUUAUCGAGAUGUAAUCCAAUUUUAGGUUGAGAAGCAUUUGUGUUUGCUUAGCUGAUCUCAAAUUUAAAAGGUGUGCUGUAUUUUAUCUGGCAAUCCUAUCACCAGUUGAGAACCACUCAUGAAAGGCACCUUCUAACUCAGCAGUCCUCACCUUUAGCUAUACAUUGGAUCACCUGAAAGUAUUUAAUAGUACAGUUGGCCCUUCGUAUCUGUGGGUUCAACAUCCGCAGAUUCAUCCAAUCGCCAAUCAGAAAUAUUUAGGAGAAAAAUAACAGUAUGACAAAAAUAAUACAUUUUUUAAAAAUACAGUAUAACAGCUGUUUUCAUAGCAUUUGCCUUGUAUUAGGUGUAACUAAUCUAGAGAUGAUUUAAAGUGUAUGGGAGAAUGUGUGUCGGUUACAUGCAAAUACUCUGCCAAGGGACUUGAGCAUCUAUGAAUUUGGGUAUUCUCGGGGAGUCAAUCCCCUCAGAUACCAAUGGAUGACCGUACUGAUUUGGCCCUACACCCACAGAUUGAUUUCACUAGUUUGACGUGGCUUGGGCGUCAGUAUUUUUUAAAAUCUCUCUGUGUUAUGGGUGUGCAUCAAGGUUAGAACGUUAGUCUGUUCUAAAACUCAGUAAUAGUGGAUUAAAAUCACAUCUAAGGAAAUAAGAGCGGGAUAUGAUAAUGGAUUUAAUGUAUUAAAGAGAUGUAAAAAACAAAAA